UGCACUCGUGCACUCCUCAUCCUUCCGAGGGGCUCGCUCAACUCUGUGCGCGUGGACGUGAACCGCGGGAAGUCCGGUAACGAACAGAGAAAUCCUCCUCUACUCCCCGGUCUGUCCUGUGAAAUGUUCCGUUAACCUCCCGGUGGAUGAGCUCUGAGAUGAACGGUCCACGUAGAGUAGUACUGGCUCUUCUUUCGUGGUGUUCUGUUCUCCAGCUGCUGACAGCACACGGUGAGUCUCCCAGCGACACACGCGCAUCAUAUCACAAUUCAUAACUUUUACAGAUGACUACCUUUUACUGUUUCAACAUAAACGUUUGACAUUCUAAGAGUGAUUCCAAAAAUGUCAAAGAGAGACCAGAAAACUAGGACCAGCGUUGUAUGCGCGAGACAUUUUUGAAAAGUUUAUAUUUUGCGGUUUUAACCUUACGAAAUAUCGGAUGAUAGGCACAUUUUACUGUUCCGGUUUGAAAUGUGGGUUUCAACCCCCCGCAGUGACAUCGUUAUGGCCUUGUGGAAAUAUGAUUGACAAAUGUUUUCCUUUGGAUAGGAAUACAUUAGAGCUGAUACUGUCUUGUAAAUCAUUCAGCGGUGUAGCCUAAAUUGUUGCUGUUCAAUAAAGUGCCCCAGUGCCCCUAAAUUAUAACGUUUAAAUGAAUACAUUUGAGAUGUUUUGUCUACUUGUGGUAGAUAUGUGAUGAUAUUUUAUGUGUUGUGAUAGUGCAAUGAAAUAGUAAUUUUGAUGGUGUGUGAGGUUUUAGUGAUGGUUGUUUGUUGUGUUCAGCAGCUCAGACCCAACUGACAGAGACAGACAGUAGACUACAGAGGUAAGAGUAUGAAAAAUGUAUGCACUCACUAACUGUAAGUCUGCUAAAUGACUAAAAUGUAAAAUGUAAAUGUAAGAGAGGAGAGGAAGAAAGAAAGAUUCAUCAUCUUUGUGGAUUCAUUCAUUCAAUGUCAUGGCCAAGCUGAUGCUUGUGCGUGUUUGGUUUGGCUGUAUUCAAAUGGUCUAAAGUGCACUUCACUUCAGUUUGCACGUUUGUCCUCAUAAUGAAUGUCUAUCUCCCUGUGUGUGUGUGUAUGUGUAUAUGUGUGUGUGUGUGUGUGUGUGUGUGUGUGUGUGUGUGUGUGUGUGUGUGUGUGUGUGUGUGUGUGUGUGGGUGGGUGCGUGCGUGCAGGAGGGCUAAUGCACUGCGGAGGAAACGGGAUCUCCUAGGGGAGGAGGUAGGUACACUAUACCUAAGAGAAGCAGGAGGUCAGGGCACACACACAACACCCUGACUAGCACAAAGACGCCUUUGUAGGACACACACACACACACACACACACACACAUACACAUACAUACACUGGUGCAACUACACACUGGGGUAGAGAUACACAUAUACUACACACGCUAUACAGACAGCGUGACAAAUUCACAAACUGGGACAGGUAGGUUUGUGUGUUUGUGCAUGUGUGUGUGAUCAUCAGUGUUCUCUCCUCUCUAGACAUUCAGUCCUCUUCUCUCUGAAGCCACUCUCCCACGCAGUGUUCUACACAAUUACACCGCCCGCGAUGCCUCCUCAGGUACACACACACACACACACACACACACACACACACACACACACACACACACACACACACACACACACACACACACACACACACACACACACACACACACACACACACACACACACACACACACACACACACACACACACACACACACACACACAAACACACAGUGCCUUUAGAAAAUAUUCACACCCCUAGACACAAUACCCCAUAGUGUCAAAGUGUAAUUAUGCUUUUAGACAUUUUUACAAAUUAAUAAAAAAUGAAAAGCUGAAAUGUCUUGAGUCAAUAAGUAUUCCAUCCCUUUAUUAUGGCAAGCCUAAAUAAGUUCAGGAGUAAAAAUGUAAUGGCUGUGAUAGGAGAAAACUGAGGAUGGAUCAACAACAUUGUAGUUACUCCACAAUACUAACCUAAAUGACAGAGUGAAAAUAAGGAAGCCUGUCAGAAUACAAAUAUUCCAAAACAUGCGUCCUGUUUGUGCUAAGGCACUAAAGUAAAACUACAAAAAAUAUGGCUAAGCGUUAUGUUUGGGGCAAAUCCAACAAAUCACUGAGUACCACUCGUCAUGUUUUCAAGCAUGGUGGUGACUGCAUCAUGUUAUGGGUAUACUUGUCAUCGGCAAGGACUAGGGAAUUUUUUGGGAUAAAAAUAAAUGGAAUAGAGCUAAUCACAGGCAAAAUCCUGGAGGAAACCCUGGUCCAGUCUGCUUUCCAACAGACACUGGGAGACAAAUUCACCUUUCAGCAGGACAAUAACUUAAAACACAAGGCCAAAUAUACACUGGAGUUGCUUACCAAGAAGACAUUGGAUGUUCCUGAGUGGCCUAGUUAAAGUUUUGACUUGAAUUGGCUUGAAAAUCUAUGGCUGUCUAGCAAUGAUCAACAACCAAUUUUAAAAAGUAUAAUGUGCAAAUGUUGUACAAUCCAUGUGUGCAAAGCGUUUAAGAGACUUAUCCAGAAAGGCUCACAGCUAAAGGUGAUUCUAACAUGUAUUGACUCAGGGGUGUGAAUACUUUCUAUAUUUCAUUUUCAAUGAAUGUGCAAAAAAAUAUAAAAACAUUUAAUCCAUUUUGAAUUCAGGUUGUAUCACAACAAAAUGUGGAAUAAGUCAAGGGGUAUGAAUACUUUCCGAAGGCACUCUACAUUGGAAUGCAGUGGAUGUAAAAUAACAUGCUGUACAUGACGUCAGAGCUUGGGGUCUCCGCAUUAAGGCAACCUAUGGGAUUCAACUGACAGAUGUUCUAAACGAGAGCACCAGCCACAAGAAGAAAAUGCCCCCAUCCCUACCGCUAAUUGGGUUACUUUUGCUAAUGUUUUGUUGUCUGAGUGAGGGGAAUGCUGUAAAUCAAGAGGACUCGAUGUGUUCUGAAAGAUGAGACAUUUAAAAUUAUAAUAAAUCCCACUUGAUAUCAUCAAAGCAAACCACACACGAGUCCAGAUUUGCACUUCACAUUUCCAUAUUAUAAAACUCAUGUCAUUUACAGUAUCAACGUUUAUGAUCGCUACAUUUUAUGUACAGUUACAAGGAUGACAUGGUGUCAUACUCUGGCCUGUUCUGAACAGAAUGAGUCUAUGUUUGUCAUAUUGUGAAGGAAAAUAGCCACGGAAAAAACAUAUGAAUGUACUCAUGACUCCAUUCUACGUGCACCAAAAUCACUAUCUGUUUCUUUGAAGUGCCUUAUGAAAGCCUAACAGUAUAUAUUCAUAUUAUGUUACUACAUGUAUCCAGAGUAUCUUCUGAUUUCGUUGUUGACAAAUACUGUGAAAAGUACAGUUAAUGUAAAAUAUACAUAAAAUCAACAGUGUAAUGUUUGGAUUCAGUCUUGUGUCAGGUGAACUGUUGUGUCCUUAUCUUUGGUCUGAUAAUUUCUCCAUAAUCUCCAGUGUUCCCUUUCAAUUGCUACCAUGGUUGUGCAUAUGCUACUCAUAUUUCUUCUGUUAGAAACAUUUUAAUUUGGCCCUAUCCAUAUUGGCCAAUUCUCACAAGUGUAAAGGGUUAAAGCAAUCUGUCUUAUAAAGAAUAAGUUAUUCAUCUAUUGGUGAAUCUAAAAGUAUUUCCAGAGAAGAUGUAAGGAAUUGAGGAAAGAUUGUGUCUGUGUUUCAACAGAGUACUGCGGCUGUCUGAAUGGGGGCUGGUGUCAGGAGGGAGGUGUGUGUGACUGUGCACAGUUCCAGGCCCUCGGAGACCGCUGCCAGAUCAGUGAGUAACACACACACAUCUUGAACCUAGAACCACAAUGUAUGUUUCAUUUUGGUGUGUGUGUGUGCCUGCAUGAGAGUCAGACUGACACAUCCAUCAGCAACCAUUAAUAAGCUGUCCACACUGUCAUAAAAAAACCACACACACACAGGCACGCACACAUACACUCACAUACACACACUCACCAGUCCAUAGUGUGUGAAGUCUGGAGGAUUAGGGUUGAGUUUCUGUAGACUACACAGGGUCUCUAUACAUCAGAGAUGGGUCUCUAGUAGAGCCUCUAUAGUAAUACCUUGCCUGAGACCUGAAGUAGUGUUUCCUUCACCCAACCACCAUGAUUUGGUGGCGCGAUGGUAAGCACACUAGUGUCAGGAAUAUGAAGUGUUGCUUUUCGGGUUCUCGUCCUGGGUGUGGCAGACAGGGAGGAACUCUGUUACACACUGUUCCUGUCAACCAAGUACCUACCUGGCUAAAGUCCCACCAGAGCACCAACACUGUUAGACAGUGGGUCUAGUUGGCUGGGAAUGGCAGAGAGACGGGGGUUUCCUGUAACUAAGCGGCUUUUAGUGAGCUGGCACUGUGGGCAACCCCCCCCCCCCUCUCCAUUGCCUCCUACAGACAAACACACACACCAGUGCACCUUCAAGCCGAUUCAGAGUUGAGAUAAGCGUGCACAACUCAGAGUGUGUGUGUGUGUGUGUGUGUGCGUGCAUGUAGUUCCUAACCAGGGCCAGGACAGAGAUGGGAUCUGCAGGUCUUGGGGUCAGCACCACUAUGAGACGUUCGAUGGCAGCUACUUCUACUACCCUGGAACCUGCUCCUACAUACUGGCCCAGGACUGCCGCUCAGCCACACCACAGUACACUGUGUGGGUCCAUAACAGCCGUGUGUGUGAGGGCAGUGUGUACUCCUGUCCCAGGGCUCUCAGUCUCUUCUUCCCCAACGAGGAGGAGAUCCACAUCUCUGGAUACCAAGUCCACCAGGGGGGCCGCAGGUGGGUGGGCUAUGGAGGAAUGUGUAUGUGUUCUGUUGUAAUGUGUGUGUGUAUGCUUUAUGCUAAUGUGCGUGUGUGUGCCUGUGUGCGUGCGUGUGUACAGAGAUGGGCAGUAUUUUGUAAAUUGAAUUACACUCUAAUGUAUUUUGUAUUUUCUAAAUACUCUAAUUUGUAUUUUCAGAAUACAAAAUAAAUGAUAUACAUUUUUUUUUUAUAGAGGUUCAUAUUUUGUGGCCGCCCUUUCGCCCUGCAUUGGUAUCAGAAGUCUGAUAGCACUAGGGUGUGAUAAAAGCAUGUGCUAAAUGAACUAAAUAUAAAUGCUUAUGUAAAAAUUAACAAUUGAAUAGCAUGUUGAGUAUUAUUCUAAUAAGCUCCGCCCGAAACAAUACACAGUGUGCUUUGCAGUUAUUUUUGGUAUGUUCAUUUUCACAUAUACAUUUACAUUUUGGUCAUUUAGCAGACACACGUAUCCAGAGUGACUUGCUCAACUAAGGUAGUUAAACAACAACAUAUCACAGUCAUAGCCAGUAAAAACAUUUUGUAACUGUUACUGAGAAUGUGGUUGCUGUUCGGGCCGGCUACCUGCACAUGUAUUUUGUAGUUUAUUUUGAUACAUUGAUCUUUAUGGUAUUUUGUAUCUGUAUUUUAUAAUUGUAUUUUGUAAUUUAUGCCCAUCCCUGCGUGUGUGCGUAGGCUGAGCUUGCCCCAGACAAUAGGAGGUGUGUUUAUAGAGCGUCUGGCUGACUACCUUCUGGUGAAGAGUGUGUUUGGCUUCUCUCUGGCGUGGGACGGAGAGAGCGGAGUAUAUCUGAAGAUGUCUGAACAGCACCACGGCACCCCCUGUGGCCUCUGCGGGAACUACAACAACCUGCCCAACGAUGACCUCACCACUUCCCGCGGUGAGAGACACACACUCACUCACAACACUCACACACACCUCAUCAAAGCCCACUGUAAGACUGGACAGACGGGUCCAACCAGCCUCUUAUCCUCCUUCCUCCACACAUCUCUUAUCCUCUGUCUCAGCACCCAAUCAUCCCUCCAUCACAACCUUUCUCCUCUCAGCACCACAGGGAACCAUUAUAGUUAUUAAUACUGAGGAGGAGGCCGUAGUCCUGUAACAUGACCUAGACAGGAGAGGAGAGGAGAGAGGGAGAGGAGAAGAGAGGAGAGGAGAGAGGGAAGAGAGAGCAAAGGGGAAAGGAGAGCAGAGAGGAGAAGAGAAGGAGGAAAGGAGACAAGUGGAAAGCAGAGGAGAGGAGAAGAGAGGAAAGUAGAGCAGAGUGUAGCAGACAGUGGCGGUCAGUGCCGUUUAAGAUGAGGGAGGACAAAUUUUUUUCAUGAGCAUGCUCUUUUUCUAUUACAGCACAUUGGAUGACUCUCAUUCAUAUUCCAUUCACCCAGUUCAAUGUAACAGCGAUAGGUUUAGGCUACUACAUGAUACUCACAUUUUCCCUAUACCCAUCAUGAGGUUGCUACAACCUAGCCUAUGAAUGAAAGUUUACAACUUAGGUGCACACAGGUCGAGAGACAAAUUUGAGGUGACAGACCGACAGUGACAUUCAAUACCGCCUUGCCCACUCUUGCAUCUAGCUGAUCUAGGGUGUAACCAUUAGCUCAACAGUUACAACAAGAGUUUCUAUUGGACAAAUUCAGAUAUGUUUAUCCCCGUUUUGUUGCGUUUGCUUCCGUUUAAGAAACGUUUUUCAACAGAAUCGGCGGAAUGAAUACACCCCUGAUCACUCGUAAACACAGUUCACUCUCAUAACAGCCACGUUGUAUUUCUUCUCUUCUUUUCGCUUGUGGACUUCAAUGCACCACACAUCAGCUGUAUGUGACCAGGCGAAAAAACCUUUCCAAGCCAAACCGCUACACACAGUCUACAUCUUUGUCACCAUAUGCGUCAUAGUCAGCAUAGCUAAUAGAACUAACGCGUUAGUAAACCCGCUACAAUCAUGCAGUAAAGUUAGUGUACAGUCAGUAAGCAGUUACACUGGCAGGCCCCGGUGACAAUAAAUUAGUAAUACCAAAAGCUUACCUUGACUUGGAAGAGUUCCAGUGUUGUGUUGGAAAGUCAUAGCCAGCUAGCUAACAUAGCAUCCCUCUGUUUGAGCAGGGUGUUUCAGUAGGCUAAACUAGCUAGCUGCAUUUGCUAGCUAAGUAAGUGAAACUGAAAGUGAAAAAAAAUGACAAUCUCUCACUCUCUCUCUAUUUCUCUCUUUUUCAAAACUGUUCAGCUAUUGUCUUUCUUUCUCUUUGAGUCAACUACUCACCACAUUUUAUACACUGCAGUGCUAGCUAGAUGUAGCUUAUGCUUUCAGUACUAGAUUAAUUCUCUGUUCCUUUGAUUGGGUGGACAACAUGUCAGUUCAUGCUGCAAGAGCUCUGAUAGGCUGGAGGACAUCCUCCGGAAGUUGUCAUAAUUACUGUGUAAGUCUAUGGAAGGGGGUGAGAACCAUGAGCCUCCUAUGUUUUGUAUUGAAGUCAAUGUACCCAGAGGAGGAUGGAAGCUAGCUGUCCUCCGGCUACACCAUGGUAUUACCCUACAGAGUGCUGUUGAGGCUACUGUAGACCUUCUUUGCAAGUAGUAUGUUUUAAUCAGUUAUUUGGUGACGUGAUUAUAUUUAGUAUAGUUUUAUCUAAAAAGGAUAACUUUUUAAAUGUUUUACAAUUUACAUUUUUAUGAAAUUCCCUGAGGAGGAUGGUCCUCCCCUUCCUCCUAUGAGGAGCUUCCACUAGUAGCAGAGGAGAUAAGUUAUUUUAAUAUACAGUCAUUAUACAGUUAUUCUAUUAUAUUGGAUUAUUUUCAGGCAUGUAGAGGAAGGAUUCCUAACCGUGUGUGCGCGUGUUUCGUGUGUGUGUGUGUGUGUGUGUGUGUGUAGGUGUGCAGACAGAGGAGCCAGCAGUGUUUGCUAACAGCUGGUCAGUAGAUCUGCCCCAUGAGAGAGGCUGCCCUCUGGUGGACAUAGUCUUCACUGGCCCCUGCCACUCUGAGUCUGACAUGGACGUAAGAGCUGUCUGUCUGUGUCUGUAUGUCUGUCUGUCUGUCUGUCUGUUUGGAACUUAUUACUUGAACCUGGGUUGUCAGUGUGCCAUAAGACUGUGCAAUGAUUUUCUGUGUUUUAUUGUAUUAUGUUGAUGUUUUUGUAUGAGUGUGUGUGUGUGUGUUUGUGUGUGUGUGUGUGUGUGUGUGUGUAGGAUGCCAUAGAGAAGUGCAGUGCUCUCCUGUUCUUCCCCUUCCUGUCCUGUCAUGAUAACAUUGAUCCAAACCCCUACGUGGCCAGUUGUGUCUCCGACCUCUGUGUGUAAGUCACACCCCAGUGUGUGUGUGUGAGUGAGUGAGUGAAUUGCCUGUCUUCUGUCUGACUGUAGUCUGACUGAUUAUUCUCUGACUGUUGUCUGACUAUUGUCUGACUAUUCUCUAAGUGUUGUCUCACUAUUCUCUGACUGUUGUCUGAAUAUUGUCUGACUGUUCUCUGAAUAUUUUCUGAGUGUUGUCUGAGUGGUGUCUGAGUAUUUCUGACUGUUGUCUGCUGUGAUCCAGGUCUGAUGAUGAGGAGACGUUUUGUCGUGCGUUGGUGGAGUACACACGAGCCUGCAGUCAUGUAGGAUACCCUGUACGAGAGUGGAGAGACAGCUUCCCUUCCUGCAGUCAGUAACAUUAUACUAACCUAACUUAAAGAUGCAGUCCGGGAUCUUAACGGGAAAUUUCCAAAAUAUUCUACUUCAUAUUCCUAUUUUCCAGGACCACCCCAACAUCAACAUGUGUGAAGAUGGUGUGUUUCUAUGUUUUGUGGAAAAAAAUAAAUAGGAAGAAAAGUGUUUCCAAUGACAUCAUCAGUGUGCAUCAUGUGAUUUUAACCAAUUAUGAGUAGGCAUUGCCUACUAUUUGUCUACUAAUUGGUUGAUGAUGUCAUUGGAAACACUCAUCUUCCUCUAUCUUUUUUAUUACAAAACAUAGAAACGCGCAAUUUUCACAUGUACAGUGAGGGAAAAAAGUAUUUGAUCCCCUGCUGAUGUUGUACGUUUGCCCACUGACAAAGAAAUGAUCAGUCUAUAAUUUUAAUGGUAGGUUUAUUUGAACAGUGAGAGACAGAAUAACAACAACAAAAAUCCAGAAAAACGCAUGUCAAAAAUGUUAUAAAUUGAUUUGCAUUUUAAUGAGGGAAAGAAGUAUUUGACCCCCUCUCAAUCAGAAAGAUUUCUGGCUCCCAGGUGUCUUUUAUACAGGUAACGAGCAGAGAUUAGGAGCUCCUAAUCUCAGUUUGUUACCUGUAUAAAAGACACCUGUCCACAGAAGCAAUCAAUCAAUCAGAUUCCAAUCUCUCCACCAUGGCAAAGACCAAAGAGCUCUCCAAGGAUGUCAUGGACAAGAUUGUAGACCUACACAAGGCUGGAAUGGGCUACAAGACCAUCGCCAAGCAGCUUAGUGAGAAGGUGACAACAGUUGGUGCGAUAAUUCGCAAAUGGAAGAAACACAAAAGAACUGUCAAUCUCCCUCGGCCAGGGGCUCCAUGCAAGAUCUCACCUCGUGGAGUUACAAUGAUCAUGAGAACGGUGAGGAAUCAGCCCAGAACUACACGGGAGGAUCUUGUCAAUGAUCUCAAGGCAGCUGGGACCAUAGCCACCAAGAAAACAAUUGGUAACACACUACGCCGUGAAGGACUGAAACCCUGCAGCGCCCGCAAGGUCCCCCUGCUCAAGAAAGCACAUAUACAUGCCCGUUGGAAGUUUGCCAAUGAACAUCUGAAUGAUUAAGAGGAGAACUGGGUGAAAGUGGUGUGGUCAGAUGAGACCAAAAUGGAGCUUUUUGGAAUCAACUCAACUCGCCGUGUUUGGAAGAGGAGGAAUGCUGCCUAUGACCCCAAGAACACCAUCCCCACCGUCAAACAUGGAGGUGGAAACAUUAUGCUUUGGGGGUGUUUUUCUGUUAAGGGGACAGGACAACUUCACCGCAUCAAAGGGACGAUAGACGGGGCCAUGUACCGUCAAAUCUUGGGUGAGAACCUCCUUCCCUCAGCCAGGGCAUUGAAAAUGGGUAGUGGGUGGGUAUUCCAGCAUGACAAUGACCCAAAACACACAGCCAAGGCAACAAAGGAGUGGCUCAAGAAGAAGCACAUUAAGGUCCUGGAAUGGCCUAGCCAGUCUCCAGACCUUAAUCCCAUAGAAAAUCUGUGGAGGGAGCUGAAGGUUCGAGUUGCCAGACGUCAGCCUCGAGACCUUAAUGACUUGGAGAAGAUCUGCAAAGAGGAGUGGGACAAAAUCCCUCCUGAGAUGUGUGCAAACCUGGUGGCCAACUACAAGAAACGUCUGACCUCUGUGAUUGCCAACAAGGGUUUUGCCACCAAGUACUAAGUCAUGUUUUGCAGAGGGGUCAAUUACUUAUUUCCCUCAUUAAAUUGCAAAUCAAUUUAUAACAUUUUUGACAUGCGUUUUUCUGGAUGUUUUUGUUGUUAUUCUGUCUCUCACUGUUCAAUUAAACCUACCAUUAAAAUUAUAGACUGAUCAUUUCUUUGUCAGUGGGCAAACGUACAAAAUCAGCAGGGGAUCAAAUACUUUUUUCCCUCACUGUAUGUUGAUGUUGGGGUGGUGCUGGAGAUGAUGACUAUUAAGUAAAAAAAAAAAAAUGUCCCUUUAAGCACAACUAAUUCGUAACAUAUUGUACGAAUUGGAUUCGUUACAUAUCAUACAAAUUGCAAAGAAUAUUAUAAUAAUAAUAUUUUGCAUGACGUAACAUAUCAUACGAAAUAGAUGACAUAGUACAUAAUUGUACACAAUAAACGGGAACCCGUUUUGGCUCGUUUGCACCACUUUUAAAACUACUAGCUGAAAUGUUCUAAAAGUUCUAGAGCAUAACAUUAACCCCAACCUUUAACUAACAGUUAGCUAACUUAUUACUACAGUAAGUUCUUCAUUUGACUGUUCCUUAGAUGAUGGUUGUGAGGAGAGUUUUGUCCAUAGAGACUGUAUCAGCUGCUGUCCUCCCACCUGUACCUUUGACAAGGAGUGUCUGGGAACCAACUUGCACUGUCUGGACGGAUGCUACUGCCCUGACGGUACACACAAACACACUUAUACACACAUGUCACACUCACAAACACACACACUCCAUCUCACCCUCUGUGUGUCCGACUAUUUUAGGGUUGAUUCUACAGAAUGGGACGUGUAUAGCAGUGUCUCAGUGUCCUUGUGUCUACCACGGCACAUCAUACACACAGGGACACACUCUGGAGCAGGGCUGCAGCGUCUGGUGAGUGUGUGUGUGUGUGACUUGUGUGUGUGUUCGUGUGUGUGGGUGUGUUUGUGUGUCACUAACCUGUGGUGUAUUUACAGUGUGUGUAUGGGGGGAGUGUGGAACUGCACAGAGAACAACUGUACAGGUGAGCAAACUCUCAGGUCAUAUGAUCAGAAACACAUAAGCUGAACGAUCCAGUGUCACACCUUUCAAUGCCUGCCUGCCUGCCUUCUCUCUAUCUCUCUCUCUCUCUCUCUCUCUCUCUCUCUCUCUCUCUCUCUCUCUCUCUCUCUCUCUCUCUCUCUCUCUCUCUCUCUCUCUCUCUCAGUGGAGUGUUCAGUAGUAGGUGAUGUGUUUGUGACGUCGUUCGAUGGGAGAAUGUUCCUGCAACCGGGGACGUGUCAGUACGUCUUGGCUAAGAGCCGGAUUGGCAGCAGAUUCACUGUUACCGUUCAGUACACCACCUGCACAGAGGUAACACACACACAAACACACAUUGCAGUAUAUCACCUUCACAUAGGUAACACACACACAAUCUGAAACAAUCUUGUGUGUGUGUGUGUGUACAGGCCCAGCAGCAGGCGUGUAUCCAGUCGGUGACAGUGGUACUGGAUGAAAAUGUUAGUCACCAGGUGACUCUGACCCGAGAGGGGGAGGUGCUUAUAGGGGUCAACCCUGCUCCCACUUUGCCCUACACCGAUGGUACGAUACAGUCAACUUUAUUGAUACUCCUAUCAUUACUUCUUAUAAUAUGCAGUAUGAUACGGUUAACAUCAGGUAGCAUGUAUAGAGAGAACAGUAAUGGUCCCAACACACAGCCUUGUGGAACACCUUAUUUAACAUCAAAUGUAAUAUACGUUUAUGUGUGUAGAUGUAGUGGAGGUGCAGAGGCUAACGUCGGUGUUCGUCCAGCUGAGGACCUUGCUUGGACUGCGUCUGCAGUAUGACGGGCGUGGUGGGCGUGUCUACCUACAACUGGACAGCCAAUGGCGCGGGAACACGGUGGGCCUUUGUGGAACCUUCAACGGAAAUCUGCGGGACGACUUCCUGUAAGGAAACUACUUCCUCUCAUACUGACCCCUAAAUGUCCUUUGGAGAAAAGGUUUUGGGCAUUUUUAUCUGAGGCAGUUGAGUAAAAGAGUAUUACAGUAAGUAUAUUCAUGACAUUUGGCCUGUGUGUGUAUAGUUCUCCAGCAGGCAUGAUAGAGGGGACUCCCCAGCUCCAUGCUAACUCCUGGAGGGUCUCAUCUGCUUGCUCCGCCCCCAUCAACCAGCCAAUCAUCGACCCCUGUGAGAUGAACCAGCACAACGGUAACCUCUCACCCCUGACCUCAAAACUCUAACCCUGACCUCCAUUGACUGCUUGAAAUAUCUUAAUGUUUUGCUGCAGCUAUAUCCUCUCAAAAGCUGAGAAGUGUGUGUGUGUGUUACAGUGUUCUACGCCUCUCUGUGUGAGGUGUUGAUGGGGAGUGUGUUUGCUCCCUGCCAUGGUUACGUCAGUCCUAGUGUGUACCAGCAACAGUGUCGCUACCAGGCCUGUCGCUGUGGAAAUGCCUGUCUGUGUACGGCCCUGGCCCACUACACUUACCUCUGCUCCAAACACCAUGUUGCUGUCAACUACAGGGCCCACGUCUCAGAGUGUGGUGAGUCUGGGCAGUGGAGAGCCGGAGAAUGAUGUGUCUGUGUGUAGCGGUGGUGUGUCUACACUGUAGAAAGUGUAAUUUUUACAGUAAAUUACUGGCAGCACAGUAGCCAGUAGGUUACUGUACAUUUACAGUAAAAUACUGGCAGCACAGAAGCCAGUAAAUUACUGUAGAUUUACAGGACCUUUUCUGAAACACUAAUUUACAGCAUAUUACUGUAACACCUGACUACAGCAACAUGCUGUAUUUUUAGAAUUUACAGUGCAUUACUGGAAGCACAGUGGUUAGUAAACUAUUGCAGAUUUACAGUGAAGGCAACUAGUCCCAACGAUGGGCAGUAUUUCUGUUACGUUGUAUUUGAUAUACAGUGAGCUCCAAAAGUAUUGGGACAGUGACAAUUUUGUUGUUGUUUUGGCUCUGUACUUCAGCACUUUGGAUUUGAAAUGAUACAAUAACUAUGAGGUUAAAGUGCAGACUGUCAGCUUUAUUUUGGGGGUAUUUCCAUCCAUAUCGGGUGAACCGUUUAGAAAUUACAGCACUUUAUGUACAUAGUCCCCCCAUUUUAGGGGACCAAAAGUAUUGGGACAAUUUCACUUUAUAUGUGUAUUAAAGUAGUAAAAAGUUAAGUAUUUGGCCCCAUAUUCAUAGCACGCAAUGACUACAUCAAGCUUGUGACUCUACAAAUUUGUUGGAUGCAUUUGCUGUUUGUUUUGGUUGUGUUUCAUAUUAUCUUGUGCCCAGUAGAAAUGAAUGGUAAAUAAUGUAUUGCGUCAUUUUGUAGUCGCUUUUAUUGUAAAUAAGAAUACAAUAUGUUUCUUAACACUUCUACAUUAUUGUGAAUGAAUCCUGAAUAAUGAUGAGUGAGAAAGUUACAGAGGCAUAAAUAUUAUACCCCCCCCCCCCCCCAAAAAAAAAUGCUAACCUCCCCUGUUAUUGUAAUGAUGAGAGGUUAGCAUGUCUUGGGGGUAGGAUAUUUGUGCGUCUGUAACUUUCUCACUCAUCAUUAUUCUAGAGGCCUAAACAAAGGCUUCCAAACUGGCCGUGAUUACAGGGCAAAACAGACCAAAAGGACUUGGAAAAAACACAAAACCAGCAAAGGUUUAAGACUUGCUGCCACUCUGGUCAUAUACACAUUAAAUUGUUAGGGCACUACUACCACAUACUGUAUCAGUUCAAUUGGUACAGCAUUCUCACUAACUUACAAGGCACGCCUCAAAAUAUGUUAAUGAGCCAGCUAUUCUUUCCCCUCCCACAAAACAUGUCCACAAUGCACCAUAAUUUACAGAAUGCUGCAAUACAUAUACAACAAAACAGCAAUAAAGUACUUUAUUGUUCAAUUGUAUUGUAAUAAAAUUACAGCAAUUACCAACAGUGAAUAUAUAAUAAUAUUUUACAGCAGCAGCAUACCAAUGAAUAUUUGGUGUUUUAUAUCACUUGCACUUGUAGUGCCCUUAACAAAGGCAUCUAAACUGGCAGUGACUACAGGGCAAAACAGAUCAAAAGAACAUGGCUAAACACUAGUGAAGUUAGGUUUGAUACCGGAGCUCCGAGGCAUGCGUCGAAAUCGCUAAGCAGCUAACUUUGAAGCAGUGUGCCGAUGCAUGUAUCACUUAAUCAGAAGUACGUCUUCGAUGACGUCCGAAGCUUCGUUUGAUCACGUGCUUUUUCAAACUGUCUUGCAAAAUGCGAGAUCCCACUGAUUUCACCAUAGUUGCUUUCUUCGAUUAAAAGCUGCUUUCAAACAGUGGGGAGAACAAGUAUUUUAUACACUGCCGAUUUUGCAGGUUUUCCUACUUACAAAGCAUGUAGAGGUCUGUAAUUUGUAUCAUAGGUACACUUCAACUGUGAGAGACGGAAUCUAAAACAAAAAUACAGAAAAUCACAUUGUAUGAUUAUUAAGUAAUUAAUUUGCAUUUUAUUGUGCAUGACGUAAGUAUUUGAUCACCUACCAACCAGUAAGAAUUCCGGCUCUCACAGACCUGUUAGUUUUUCUUUAAGAAGCCCUCCUGUUCUCCACUCAUUACCUGUAUUAACUGCACCUGUUUGAACUCGUUACCUGGAUAAAAGACACCUGUCCACACACUCAAUCAAACAGACUCCAACCUCUCCACAAUGGCCAAGACCAGAGAGCUGUGUAAGGACAUCAGGGAUAAAAUUGUAGACCUACACAAGGCUGGGAUGGGCUACAGGACAAUAGGCAAGCAGCUUGGUGAGAAGGCAACAACUGUUGGCGCAAUUAUUAGAAAAUGGAAGAAGUUCAAGAUGACGGUCAAUCACCCUCGGUCUGGGGCUCCAUGCAAGAUCUCAACUCGUGGGGCAUCAAUGAUCAUGAGGAAGGUGAGGGAUCAGCCCAGAACUACACGGCAGGAUCUGGUCAAUGACCUGAAGAGAGCUGGGACCACAGUCUCAAAGAAAACCAUUAGUAACACACUACGCCGUCAUGGAUUAAAAUCCUGCAGCGCACGCAAGGUCCCCCUGCUCAAGCCAGCGCAUGUCCAGGCCCGUCUGAAGUUUGCCAAUGACCAUCUGGAUGAUCCAGAGGAGGAAUGGGAGAAGGUCAUGUGGUCUGAUGAGACAAAAAUAUAGCUUUUUGGUCUAAACUCCACUCGCCGUGUUUGGAGGAAGAAGAAGGAUGAGUACAACCCCAAGAACACCAUCCCAACCGUGAAGCAUGGAGGUGGAAACAUCAUUCUUUGGGGAUGCUUUUCUGCAAAGGGGACAGGACGACUGCACCGUAUUGAGGGGAGGAUGGAUGGGGCCAUGUAUCGCGAGAUCUUGGCCAACAACCUCCUUCCAUCAGUAAGAGCAUUGAAGAUGGGUCGUGGCUGGGUCUUCCAGCAUGACAACGACCCGAAACACACAGCCAGGGCAACUAAGGAGUGGCUACGUAAGAAGCAUCUCAAGGUCCUGGAGUGGCCUAGCCAGUCUCCAGACCUGAACCCAAUAGAAAAUCUUUGGAGGGAGCUGAAAGUCCGUAUUGCCCAGCGACAGCCCCGAAACCUGAAGGAUCUGGAGAAGGUCUGUAUGGAGGAGUGGGCCAAAAUCCCUGCUGCAGUGUGUGCAAACCUGGUCAAGACCUACAGGAAACGUAUGAUCUCUGUAAUUGCAAACAAAGGUUUCUGUACCAAAUAUUAAGUUCUGCUUUUCUGAUGUAUCAAAUACUUAUGUCAUGCAAUAAAAUGCAAAUGAAUUACUUAAAAAUCAUACAAUGUGAUUUUCUGGAUUUUUGUUUUAGAUUCCGUCUCUCACAGUUGAAGUGUACCUAUGAUAAAAAUUACAGACCUCUACAUGCUUUGUAAGUAGGAAAACCUGCAAAAUCGGCAGUGUAUCAAAUACUUGUUCUCCCCACUGUAUAUAGUUAGGAGUUUGUCCAUAACAUUUCAUCUGACUGGUAGCUUAGCAGGUAGAGUAGGGAACUAUGGAACAUUCAGGGAUUUGAGGGUAUGUUUUAUGUGAAACCACACUUUCUGCAUUUGUUUUAUUUAGCAUAGUAAUAGCUUCUGUCUUAAGCAUCCUAAAUAAUGCCAUAGAUUCAGUAAAAAAUAUAUAGUAAACUUGAAGGCAAAAAAGUGAAGGAUGAUGUAAACCUGGUAUUCCACUCGAUUAUAGGCUGCUAAAGCCAACGACUUGCCGCUGCGCUACAAAGUUUUAAUGAAAACUGUGAAGUCUAUCUGAUAUUCACUUGCUGCUAUUAUUGCUGACCAGCAGAUGUCACUAAUGUGCAUUGUGAACAUAUAGUGACGCUCAGAGUAAUGAACAAUUUUUUGGCACAAUUUGGUGAAAGUGCCGAAGCCUUCAGAAAGCCUUGGUUUUCCAUCACUACUAAACACUCAACCAUUAGGUUUGAGACUUGCUGCCACUCUGAUCUGUUCCCUACACACAUUAAAUUGUUAAGGAACUACUACCACAUUUCAGUUAAAUUGGUACAGCACUCUCACUAAUGGGUGCAACAAAUAUGGUCUCUUACAAGGCACGCCUCUAAAUAUGUUAAUGAGCCAGAAACAACAAUACCAUGCACGCAUUACUGUUCAAAAGGUUUUUGCUCUCCUAAAAUACAGUAUGGUACUGUAUUAUGUGGUGUACAGCAUUCUUAUUACGGGUACAACAAAUAUAGCCUCUUACAAGGCACGCCUCCAAAUACAGUGAGGGAAAAAAGUAUAUGAUCCCCUACUGAUUUUGUACGUUUGCCCACUGACAAAGACAUGAUCAGUCUAUAAUUUUAAUGGUAGGUUUAUUUGAACAGUGAGAGACAGAAUAAUAACAAAAACAUCCAGAAAAACGCAUGUCAGAAAUGUUAUAAAUUAAUUUGCAUUUUAAUGAGGGAAAUAAGUAUUUGACCCCUCUGCAAAACAUGACUUAGUACUUGGUGGCAAAACCCUUGUUGGCAAUCACAGAGGUCAGACGUUUCUUGUAGUUGGCCACCAGGUUUGCACACAUCUCAGGAGGGAUUUUGUCCCACUCCUCUUUGCAGAUCUUCUCCAAGUCAUUAAGGUUUUGAGGCUAACGUUUGGCAACUCAAACCUUCAGUUCCCUCCACAGAUUUUCUAUGGGAUUAAGGUCUGGAGACUGGCUAGGCCACUCCAGGACCUUAAUGUGCUUCUUCUUGAGCCACUCCUUUGCUGCCUUGGCCGUGUGUUUUGGGUCAUUGUCAUGCUGGAAUACCCAUCCACGACCCAUUUUCAAUGCCCUGGCUGAGGGAAGGAGGUUCUCACCCAAGAUUUGAUGGUACAUGGCCCCGUCCAUCAUCCCUUUGAUGUGGUGAAGUUGUCCUGUCCCCUUAGCAGAAAAACACCCCCAAAGCAUAAUGUUUCCACCUCCAUGUUUGACGGUGGGGAUGGUGUUCUUGGGGUCAUAGGCAGCAUUCCUCCUCCUCCAAACACGGCGAGUUGAGUUGAUGCCAAAGAGCUCCAUUUUGGUCUCAUCUGACCACAACACUUUCACCCAGUUCUCCUCUGAAUCAUUCAGAUGUUCAUUGGCAAACUUCAGACGGCCCUGUAUAUGUGCUUUCUUGAGCAGGGGGACCUUGCGGGCGCUGCAGGAUUUCAGUCCUUCACGGCGUAGUGUGUUACCAAUUGUUUUCUUGGUGACUAUGGUCCCAGCUGCCUUGAGAUUAUUGACAAGAUCCUCCCGUGUAGUUCUGGGCUGAUUCCUCACCGUUCUCAUGAUCAUUGCAACUCCAUGAGGUGAGAUCUUGCAUGGAGCCCCAGGCCGAGGGAGAUUGACAGUUAUUUUGUGUUUCUUCCAUUUGCGAAUAAUCGCACCAACUGUUGUCACCUUCUCACCAAGCUGCUUGGCGAUGGUCUUGUAGCCCAUUCCAGCCUUGUGUAGGUCUACAAUCUUGUCCCUGGCAUCCUUGGAGAGCUCUUUGGUCUUGGCCAUGGUGGAGAGUUUGGAAUUUGAUUGAUUGAUUGCUUCUGUGGACAGGUGUCUUUUAUACAGGUAACAAACUGAGAUUAGGAGCACUCCCUUUAAGAGUGUGCUCCUAAUCUCAGCUCGUUACCUGUAUAAAAGACACCUGGGAGCCAGAAAUCUUUCUGAUUGAGAGGUGUCACACCCUGGUUCUGGGACUCGUUAUGUUGAGCCAGGGUGUGUGCAUUCUAUGUGUUUAUUUCAAUGUUGGUAGUUCUGUUGUGUCUAUUUCUAGGUUGUUGUAUGUUUGUAUUGAGUGACUACCGAUCGGAGGUAACGAGUGUCAGCUGUCGGCUCGUUGUCUCUGAUUGGGAGCCAUAUUUAUACUGUGUGUUUUCACCUUGGGGUUGUGGGUUUUUGUUCCGUGACGGUAUGUUUAACCGUGGACUUCACGAAUCGUGUUUUGUUUAUAUUUAGGAACUUUAAUUAAAUAAAGUCAUGUUUAUUUCACACGCUGCGCCUUGGUCUACUACUCCUUACCCAGACGAUCGUGACAAGAGGGGGUCAAAUACUUAUUUCCCUCAUUAAAAUGCAAAUCAAUUUAUAACAUUUUUGACAUGCAUUUCUCUGGAUUAUUUUGUUGUUAUUCUGUCUCUCACUGUUCAAAUAAACCUACCAUUACAAUUAUAGACUGAUCAUGUAUUUGUCAGUGGGCAAACGUACAAAUCAGCAGGGCAUCAAAUACUUUUUUCCCUCACUGUAUGUUAAUGAGCCAGAUAUUCUUUCCCCGCCACCAAAACAUUUUCCCACAAUGCACCAUAAUUCACAGUAUGCUGCUGUAAAUAUACAGCAAAAUUGCUGUAAUUUUACAACAGUGUAGCGGAAUGCCAUUGAGCCCCCAUAAUCCAUUGCUCUUUACAGUACUCUACUGUACUGGAAUAUAUAAUUACAGUAGCUAACUGUAUAUUUUUGGCUGUAAAUGUACAGCAAUUUGUUACAGUGUAGGCGGUGUGAUGGAGGUGUGUAACUCAGGUGUGUGAGUGUAUGUGUUUGCGUGUGUGUGUAGGGGUGGUGUGUAUGGGUGGGAUGCUGUUCCAGUCCUGUGUGUCGUCCUGUGGCCGCUCCUGCCGCUCCCUCUCCAGCGGAGAGACUUGUAACCAUGACGACUGUGCUGAGGGGUGUGGCUGCUCAGAGGGCAGUUACUACGAUGACAUACGACAACGCUGCGUUCAGCCGUAAGACUCCGCCCCCCUACAUGUUGUCACCUAACAUACACCUUGCCUGGCUACCCAAACUCCUUGCUCCGGCAAAAUGCUACGCCACAUCCAUAGAACGCAAACACAUUCUAACCAGAAACCGAUUGGUGGGGCCAGAGCCAGAACCCACAUUGGUAAAGCAGCAUUUUGAAAAUUCAUCAUUGUCUUUGAUACACGAUUGGUUAGAAAUGAUUAAAUCGCUGAUGACUUUGUUGUGUACAACAACCCUAAUUUCAAAUAACAAACAAUUUCAAUGAUGGCAGUCAAACACAUAGGACUUGACCCUUCCAUCAUCCUCUCCUCUUUUCUCUCUCAGGUCUCAGUGUCAUUGUUACUCUAUUGGCGGGGUGUCCCAGCCAGGGGAGGUGUCCUUCAGCGCCGCCGGACCUUGGUAAGCAGCCACACACACAUACUAACCCUGCUACGUAGAGGGUUCAUAGAGAGGUUAUAGAGAGUUCACUUCACAGACAUAAACCCUUCAAACAAUCUCCCUAAUUGGUAACAUUAGAGCUCUGAAAAAGUGUUAUUCUCUUUCUCCCACUCUGUCUCCCAUCAACAGCCUGUGCACAAAUGGAAGGAUGGAGUGUGUACCAGAAGAAAGAGGUCAACCAACCAUCUCUCUCUUAUUCCCCUCUCUCCAUUCCUUUUUUAUUUUCCAUCCAUCCAUCCUUCAACAAAGCUCUGUUUCUGAAUGACCUCUGUCUGUGUGUUUUAGAGCCGGAGCGAGGCCAGUGUCCGGAGGGAAAGGUGUUCCACGGCUGUUCUGAGCCGCAGGGGGUCCAGGGGGUGGCUGCUUGGCGAGGAGGUGUGGCUUGUGAGCUCACCUGUCGGAACCUGAUGUUGAACCUCACCUGUCCUCCCACCACGCUCUGCAUACCUGGCUGUGUCUGCCCACCUGGGUAGGGUGUGUGUGUCUGUGUGUUAUUUUAACUCUUUAAAAAAAAAAAAAACUUUGCGUCAAACUAAUUAACAUGAUCCCCAUAAAAAUCUGUCUGUUUAAGCUAGAGAUAUCUGUUUUUUUGAAUGGGCUGCGUCUCAAUCCACCAUAUCCGCUACAGCACUGUUUGUCAGACCUAGAGACAUCCCGAAAAUCGGUCUUCUCACGAAAACGUCUGUAGCAUCCGAACGGUUUGGCCUACAAACUAUGGAAAGAUGAGGCUCUCCCGAAGAUGAUGGUGUUCUCCGUUUUGCUCUACAAGAGCCACAGGACUCGUCUGAAGUCGAUACAGUCGAUGUGCCAACUUCUUUCUGUAGCAUCCGAACCGUUUAGGCUACAAACUAAUAUCACCCCACAAUGGAAAGAGGAGACUCUCACGAAUCCGUUUUGUUCUAUGACCCCCACAAGUGUCAGAGGACUCAUCUGAAGGUAACCCAGUACAGGUUUAAAAAGUAGUUUUGGAAGUAGUAUGGAAGUAGUUUUGUGCCCCAAGGAAUGUGUUAUUCAAUGCGUUUUCUAUAAGCUAUAGCAGUAAAGGCCAAAUUCAAUAUUUAUUGUUUUAUACCUACAGGGGCCCUAGAAUUCCAAAUCAAAUAGCUAAAUGAUCCAUGGUAUGAUCAUCUUAAAACAAUUCCACAUGUUAGCUUAAUAUAACCCCACCCCCCAAAGGCUUAGACUUUUAGGGGUUAACACAGAAAAAAAGUAUUUUAUUAUUUCUGAACAAGAUAUGUACAAUGUAUUAUCACACACAUGCUUGUGCCCUGAUUGUUGUAAUGCUUAUACUGUCUGUGUGUGUGCUUGUGUGUGGGUGUGUGUGGGUGUGUGUGUGUGUGUGGGUACGUGUGUAGGCUGGUGCUGCACCGUGGGGAGUGUUACUACCCAGAGAACUGUCCCUGUGCCUGGCUGGGCCUGGAGUAUCUGCCAGGAGAGACCGUCGACACUCCCUGUUACAGAUGGUAAGACCCUCCCUUAAAGGAAAACUCCACCGAAAAACUGUACUUUGGUAUUUGUUUCAUUAGUCCAUUAUUGAUAUAGUCCCAAAAUGUUUUGAAUGUCAGCAAUCAUGUUUUCAAGAUAUACAGUGCCUUCGGAAAGCAUUCAGACCGCUUGACUUUUCCCACAUUUUGUUAAGUUACAGCCUUAUUCUAAAAUGGAUUUAAAAAUAAAAAUCCUCAGCAAUCUACACACAAUACCCCAUAAUGAGAAAACGAAAACAGUGAGAAAAUGAAAACAGCUUUUUAGAAAUGUUUGCAAAUGUAUUAAAUAUAAAAUAAGUAUUCAGACCCUUUGCUAUGAGACUCGAAAUUGAACUCAGGUGCAUCCUGUUUCCAUUGAUCAUCCUUGAGAUGUUUCUUCAACUUGAUUGGAGUCCGCCUGUGGUAAAUUCAAUUGAUUGGACAUGAUUUGGAAAGGUACACACCUGUCUAUAUAAGGUCCCACAGUUGACAGUGCAUGUCAGAGUAAAAACCAAGCCAUGAGGUCGAAGGAAUUGUCCGUAGAGCUCCGAAACAGGAUUGUGUCAAGGCACAGAUCUGGGGAAGGGUACCAAAAAAUCUCUGCAGCAUUGAAGGUCUCCAAGAACACUGUGGCCUCCAUCAUUCUUAAAUGGAAGAAGUUUGGAACCACCAAGACUCUUCCUAGAGCUGGCCGCCUGGCCAAACUGAGCAAUCGGGGGAGAAGGGCCUUGGUCAGGGAGGUGACCAAGAACCCGAUGGUCACUCUGACAGAGCUCUAGAGUUCCUCUGUGGAGAUGGGAGAACCUUCCAGAAGGACAACCAUCUCUGCAGCACUCCACCAAUCAGGCCUUUAUGGUAGAGUGGCCAGACGGAAGCCACUCCUCAGUAAAAGGCACUUGACAGCCCGCUUGGAGUUUGCCAAAAGGCACUUAAAGACUCUCAGACCAUGAGAAACAAGAUUCUCUGGUCUGAUGAAACCAAGAUUGAAUCUUUGGCCUGAAUGCCAAGCGUCACGUCUGGAGGAAACCUGGCACCAUCCCUACGGUGAAACAUGGUGGUGGCAGCAUCAUGCUGUGGGGAUGUUUUUCAGCAACACGGACUGGGAGACUAGUCAGGAUCGAGGUAAAGAUGAAUGGAGAAAGUACAGAGAGAUUCUUGAUGAAAACCUGCACCAGAGCGCUCAGGACCUCAGACUGGGGCGAAGGUUCACCUUCCAACAGGACAACGACCAUAAGCACACAGCCAAGACAAUUCAGGAGUGGCUUCGGGACAAGUCUCUGAAUGUCCUUGAGUGGCCCAGCCUGAGCCCGGACUUGAACCCGAUCUAACAUCUCUGGAGAGAUCUGAAAAUAGCUGUGCAGCAACGCUCCCCAUUCAACCUGACAGAGCUUGAGAGGAUCUGCAGAGAAGAAUGGGAGAAACUCCCCAAAUACAGGUGUGCCAAGCUUGUAGCGUCAUACCCAAGAAGACUCAAGGCUGUAAUCGCUGCCAAAGGUGCUUCAACAAAGUACUGAGUAAAGGGUCUGAAUACUUAUGGAAAUGUGAUAUUUCCUUUAAAAAAUAUAUAUAUAUUAGCAAAAAUGUCUGUAAACCUGUUUUUGCUCUGUCAUUGUGGGGUAUUGUGUGUAGAUUGAUGAGGGAACAAAACAAUUUAAUCAAUUUUAGAAUAAGGCUGUAACCUAACAAAAUGUGGAAAAAGUCAAGGGGUCUGAAUGCUUUCCAAAGGCACUGUACAGUAUAACUUUCAAAAUACAGAAAUACAGCCGGUAUGAUGCACAUUGACUCAGUACUGGUAUUCCUUAUAUAUGUCCUCGUUAUUGUUAUUUUAUUGUGUUACUAUUUCCUUUUUUUUUAGCAAAUAUUUUUCGUACUUUUUAACUCUGCGUUGUUGGGAAUGGGCUCUUAAGUAAGCAUUUCACUGUGAAGUCUACACCUGUUGUAUUCGGCGUAUGUGACCAAUACAAUUUGAUAUGAAUUGAUACUGGCUGUAUUUCUGUAUUUUGAAAGUUAUAUAUCUUGAAAACUUGAUUGCUGACAUGCAAAACAUUGGACUAAUGAAACAAAUACCAAAAAAUAGUUUUUCAGUGGAUUUUUCCUUUAAGGAUUGUUAAAUGCUAUUAACAUGAAAAAAAGAGAGCACUAGUAUCCUAAAUAUUGUUCAAAUGCUCAAUUGUGUUUAAUUUACUGUCUUCUCUUUGUCUUUAUUUUUGUCUGUAUUUCUCCCUCUCUGUCUAUGUAUCUCUCUCCCUGUCUCUGUCUCUCUCCAGUGUGUGUCACCGGGGGUAUUUUAACUGUAAUUACUCUCCGUGUCCGGCAGUGUGUACGGUCUACAGCGACAGACACUACCACACCUUUGACGGCCUGGAGUAUGACUACCACUCGGACUGUCAGGUCUACCUACUCAAGGUGUGUGUGUGUGUGUGUGUGUGUGUGUGUGUGUAUUUUUUUUAUUAACCUUUAUUGAACCAGGGAAACCCAUUGAGACCAAGGUCUCAUUUCCAAUGGUGCCCUGAGAACAACAGUUCAAGCAAUGUGAGCAAAACAUUUAAGCAUGAUCACAAAACAAUUACAGUUACAACAUUUCAAAUAAAUUUACAUUCAAAAGGCUGUAGAAACAAAUACAUACAAACAAUCAAAACAAUUUCAGUUUUCGUUGGUCACAUUUUUUUAUCCCUAAAUUCACCUUCUGUGACCAAAUAAUAACGUUUUAGAGUGACAUGUAGGUCAUUCCAGGACUGAGACACAUAGUAACUGAAAGCAGUCUUCCCUAACUCAGAGGAGACCCGUGGAACCUCUAAUAUCAACCAGUCUUGAGAGCGAGUCUUAUAGUUACUAGAUUUCCAAUUUAGAAGUGAGGUGAGAUAGUAUGGGAGUUUCUGGAGAAGUGCUUUAUAUAUGAAUAAUAGCCAAUGUUGGGCCCUUCUGGUAGUCAGACACUCCCAGACAACAGAACUAUAAGAGACAAUGAUGCGUACGGAAAUUAUCACCAGUGAUAAAACGCAAGGCUGAGUGGUAGACUGAAUCUAGAGGUUUUAACACAGAGUGUUGCUUGAACUAUCUUCCUCCUAUUUUCAAAAGUGAGACAAGAUGUAUUUCUAUACAGGAAACAAGACUACUCGCAACUUUUUGUCAGCUUAUUAAUGUGCGUUUUAAAGGACAGCUUAUCCAAAUACAUAGAUGCUUAUAAUGGGGGGCUAGCUCAAUUUGGGCUCGUGUCAAGGUACAGAUACACAGAACUUUAUGAUACAUUUUUUAAGACCUGGAGACAUAAACUUGGUUUUAUCAACAUUUAACACUAAUGUAGGAUCGGUGAGCGAUUCUUGAAUUGAAUUAAAGCCAAGCAGAAGGUCGUGAAUGGCCUGCUGCACUGAGGGGGCACGGGAAUAAAUAACUGUGUCAUCCGCAUAGAGAUGUAAGCCCCAGUUAGGGCAGCGCAGUGCUGUUUCUUGGCUAGUGCGUUAACUAUGUCAAAUGGACCGCAGCUGAGAAUUUACCAAGAGUUCUAAUAUUUUCGGUAGACAUGAAAGUUUUGAAAUUGGGCAAUAAUUAUUAAGAUCGUAGGGAUCACCACCUUUAUGGAAUGGGAGAACAAGGGCUACCUUCCACACAUUAUGAAUAAAAACCAAGAGAAAAGGCUCCAUAAUCAGAGGUGCAGCAAGCCUUAGAAGUCACUGAUCAAGCAUGUCUGCCAGAAGUCCAGAACUUCCCUAGUAGUGACUUGCCGAAGAGUGAACAGUGGGUCACCAUUUACAGUAGCAGGCAAAUCUGAUUAAACAGGGUUGCAUCAGAGAUUAGCUUGUAUUAUGUUCAUGAACAGUAUUUUCAGAGUUGUCCUUAUUGCUGCGAUUUCCCCUUUCAAAUAAAUGGCCUGCAGCAAUAAAAUGUUAUUUCAGUUUUGUCUGUUAUAGUAUUGGCGUUAAAUACAACCUAAUUGGGCAGAGAGCUGCUUCUUUUGAGUGAUUGAAUAGCCUUCCCAAAUUUUUGCUGGAUUGCCACAAGGGUCAGAUAUGGAAUUAAUGAAAUAGUUCAAUUUAGCCCUUUUUAUGGAAGCAGUAAACGUAUUUCUAAGUUAUCUGAAGGUGAGCCAGUCAGCAGAGCUACCAGUGUGUCUGGCUUCAGACCAAGAAUUGUUCCUUAGCUGAAUUAACUCAGAAAGUUCAGGCGUGAACCAUGGGUUUGCUCUAUCUUUAAUUCUUAAUCUCUUCAUAGGAGCAUGUUUUUCAGAUACAGUUGAAGUCGGAAGUUUACAUACACCUUAGCCAAAUACAUUUAAACUCAGUUUUUCACCAUUCCUGACAUUUAAUCCUAGUAAAAAUUCCCUGUUUUAGGUCAGUUAGGAUCACCACUUUAUUUUAAGAAUGUGAAAUGUCAGAAUAAUAGUAGAGAGAAUGAAUUAUUUCAGCUUUUAUUUCUUUCAUCACAUUCCCAGUGGGUCAGAAGUUUACAUACACUCAAUUAGUAUUUGGUAGCAUUGCCUUUAAAUUGUUUAACUUGGGUCAAACGUUUCGGGUAGCCUUCCACAAGCUUCCCACAAUAAGUUGGGUGAAUUCUGGCCCAUUCCUCCUGACAGAGCUGGUGUAACUGAGUCAGGUUUGUAGGCCUCCUUGCUCGCACACGCUUUUUCAGUUCUGCCAACAAAUGUUCUAUAGGAUUGAAGUCAGGGCUUUGUGAUGGCCACUCCAAUACCUUGACUUUGUUGUCCUUAAGCCAUUUUGCCACAACAUUGGAAGUAUGCUUGGGGUCAUUGUCCAUUUGGAAAACCCAUUUGCGACCAAGCUUUAACUUCCUGACUGAUGUCUUGAGAUGUUGCUUCAAUAUAUCCACAUAAUUUUCCUUCCUCAUGAUGCCAUCUAUUUUGUGAAGUUCACCAGUCCCUCCUGCAGCAAAGCACACCCACAGCAUGAUGCUGCCACCCCCGUGCUUCACGGUUGGGAUGGUGUUCUUCGGCUUGCAAGCAGCCCCCUUUUUCCUCCAAACUUAACGAUGGUCAUUAUGGCCAAACAGUUCUAUUUUUGUUUCAUCAGACCAGAGGACAUUUCUCCAAAAAGUACGAUAUUUGUCCCCAUGUGCAGUUGCAAACCAUAGUCUGGCAUUUUUAUGGCGGUUUUGGAGCAGUUGCUUCUUCCUUGCUGAGCAGCAUUUCAGGUUAUGUCGAUAUAGGACUAGUUUUACUGUGGAUAUAGGUACUUUUGUACGUGUUUCCUCCAGCAUCUUCACAAGGUCCUUUGCUGUUGUUCUGGGAUUGAUUUGCACUUUUCGCACCAAAGUACGUUCAUCUCUAGGAGACAGAACGCGUCUCCUUCCUGAGCGGUAUGACGGCUGCGUGGUCCCAUGGUGUUUAUACUUGCGUACUAUUGUUUGUACAGAUGAACGUGGUACCUUCAGGCGUUUGGAAAUUGCUCCCAAGGAUGAACCAGACUUGUGGAGGUCUACAAUUUCUUUCUGAGGUCUUGGCUGAUUUCUUUUGAUUUUCCCAUGAUGUCAAGCAAAGAGGCACCGAGUUUGAAGGUAGGCCUUGAAAUACAUCCACAGGUACACCUCCAAUUGACUCAAAUGAUGUCAAUUAGUCUAUCAGAAGCUUCUAAAGCCAUGACAUCAUUUUCUGGAAUUUUCCAAGCUGUUUAAAGGCACAGUCAACUUAGUGUAUGUAAACUUCUGACCCACUGGAAUUGUGAUGCAGUGAAUUAUAAGUGAAAUAAUCUGUCUGUAAACAAUUGUUGGAAAAAUUACUUGUGUCAUGCACAAAGUAGAUGUCCUAACCGACUUGCCAAAACUAUAGUUUGUUAACAAGACAUUUGUGGAGUGGUUGAAAAACGAGUUUUAAUGACUCCAACCUAAGUGUAUGUAAACUUCCGACUUCAACUGUACAGAGAUAAACAUACUAGAGAAUUGUUCAUGGUCAAGUUAUGCUUCCGGAGUGUCAUUCACACUAAGUAAUGGAAGUGUUUAAAGUUUCUCUUAGUGAUAAGGCGUGGUUUAGUUUUAGGCAACUUUGUGUUUCUGACACAGACUAUGGGACAGUGAUCACUGAGGUCCAUAGCAAAGACACCACUAGUUUAGUAUUUAUGAGGGUUAUUUGUAAGUAUGAGAUCAAUCAGAGUUGAUUUAGCAGGAUUAUUUACGUUAAAAAGAGUGGGCUCAGAAAUCAGUUGGACUAAGUUCUGAUAAAUACAUGCUGAUUUCAGACAAUCAGACGAGGGAGUAAGCCAAACGAGAUUCAGAUCCCCCAAUAUCACUAUUUCAGAGGCUAUGAAUGGGGCUAGUUUGCUCCCGCGGUGGCAGAGGAGGGUGAUAGAUCCCAGCAACAUAGAAAGUAAAAUUCUGGGAAAUAACAACAUUUAUAACUAGUAGCUCAAAUUGGGUCACCUUAAAGUUGUUUUCCACAUACAUUGCUAUACCGCCACCAUUCUUUGGCCUAUCACAUCUGUAAACAUUUUAAUCAUGAAGUGCAAUGGAGUUAUCAUCAACAGAGCUUUUUAACCAUGUUUCAGAGCACACUAAAAUGUCGGGAUUUGUAUCCCAUACCCAAAUGUCCAACAUGUCCAUCUUGGAGAUAAUACUUUGUACAUUCAUUUGCAUUAGCCAAAGCCUGAGCCUUGUUUUAAAGUCUGCUGGAGAGUGUACAGUCGGAGGAUGGGGCAGACUGGCAGAGCAAACAGUACUAAUGGGGGGAAAUAGCUCAACAGGAUUUAGAUGGCUGAUUUUAGCAGCUCUAGAACUGAGAGACUUUCUAGCAGACCGUACACGGGACUGAGUAGUAAUAACGGGAAUUACCUAUGGGCUUGGGCUGUCAGAGAGUCACUGGGUUAGCGACUGUGCUAUGUUCAAAGAGAGCCGCUGUGCUCUGUGCUCUGUGUGUGUGUGUGUGUGUGUGUGUGUGUGUUCGUGCGUGCAUGCAUGCAAGUGAUUGUGUGUGUGUGUGUGUGGGUGUGUGUGUGUAGGCAGAUUGGGAUCAGGGAAAGGGGAUCCAAGGAGUUUCUCUAAUCUGGGAACGAUUUUUAAUUAGAGCGACUGAGGUAAGCAAAGCUGGAUCAACACACACACACACACACACACACACACACACACACACACACACACACACACCUGAGUAACACAAAGAGUGGCCUGUUCGCGGCAGACUCCCAGGGAUAUAAAAUUAGAAUGAGCAGGACGUUGGGACAUUCCAGUUAUAAUCAAGGUUCUGUGGUGGCUGGACCGGCAGCCAUAUUGUGUGUUCUAUCUGAUGCUGAUCACAUCACAGUUCCCUGUUCUGUUGUCUAUUCUGUUACCCAGGGCUAUGAGCUGGGGUAACCAACUAAGUCUCCUGAUCCCUCCUGAAACAGAUAUGCAUUGUAUCUGACAGGUACUCUAAGAUACACUACAUGUCCAAAAGUAUGUGGACAUCUGCUCGUCGAACAUCUAAUUACAAAAUCAUGGGCAUUAAUAUGGAGUUGGUCCCCCCUUUGCUGCUAUAACAACCUCCACUCUUCUGGGAAGGCUUUCCACUAGAUGUUGGAGCAUUGCUGCGGGGACUUGCUUCCAUUCAUUCACAAGAGCAUUAGUGAGGUUGGGCACUGAUGUUCGGCGAUUAGGCCUGGCUUGCAGUCGGCGUUCCAAUUCAUCCCAAAGGUGUUCAUUGGGGGUUGAAGUCAGGGCUCUGUGCAGGCCAGUCAAGUUCUUCUCGACAAACCAUUUCUGUAUGGACCUUGCUUUGUGCACAGGGGCAUUGUCAUGCUGAAACAGGAAAGGGCCUUCCCCAAACUGUUGCCACAAAGUUGGAAGCACAGAAUCGUCUAGAAUGUAAUUGUAUGCUGUAGCGUUAAGAUUUCCCUUCACUGGAACUAAGGGGCCUAGCCCGAACCAUGAAAAACAGCCCCAGACCAUUAUUCUUCCUCCAACUUUACAGUUGGCACUAUGCAUUUGGGCAGGUAGCGUUCUCCUGGCAGCCGCCAAACCCAGAUUUGUCAGUCGGACUGCCAGAUGGUGAAGCGUGAUUCAGAGAACUUGUUUCUACUGCUCCAGAGUCCAAUGGCGACGAGCUUUACACCACUCCAGCUGACACUUGGCAUUGCGCUAGGUGAUCUUAGGCUUGUGUGCAGCUGCUCGGCCAUGGAAACCCAUUUCAUGAAGCUCCCGACGAACAGUUCUUGUGCUGACUUUGCUUCCAGAAGCAUUUUGGAACUCGGUAGAGAGUGUUGCAACUGAGGACAAACGAUUUUUACGCGCUACACACUUCAGCACUCAGCGGUCCCAUUCUGUGAGCUUGUGUGGCUUACCACUUUGUGGCUGAGCCGUUGUUGCUCCUAGACAUUUCCACUUCACAAUAACAGCACUUACAGUUGACUGGGGAAGCUCUAUGAUGAUGCCACGUUGAAAGUCACUGAGCUCUUCAGUACGGGCCACUCUACUGCCAAUGUUUGUCUAUGGAGAUUGCAUGGCUGUGUGCUCAAUUGUAUACACCUGUCAGCAAUGGGUGUGGCUGAAAUAGUUCAAUCCACUAAUUUGAAGGGGUGUCCACAUAUUUUGUAUACAGCUGAAGUCGGAAGUUUACAUACACCUUAGCCAAAUACAUUUAAACUCAGUUUUUCACAAUUCCUGACAUUUAAUCCUAGUACAAAUUCCCAGUUAGGAUCACCACUUUAUUUUAAGAAUGUGAAAUGUCAGAAUAAUAAUAGAGAGAAUGGUUUAUUUCAGCUUUUAUUUCUUUCAUCACAUUCCCAGUGGGUCAGAAGUUUACAUACACUCAAUUAGUAUUUGGUAGAAUUGCCUUUAAAUUGCUUAACUUGGGUCAAACGUUUUGGGUAGCCUUCCACAAGCUUCCCACAAUAAGUUGGGUGAAUUCUGGCCCAUUCCUCCUGACAGAGCUGGUGUAACUGAGUCAGGUUUGA